AUGGACGCCACGGGGACGUACUACGUACACGUCGAUACUAGCCGGUGCUCGUGUCCAUUCUUCAUUGAAAACGGAUUACCAUGCCGUCACAUAUUGGCUUACUGCACACACAGUAACACCGAUGUGAACGUACAGUCAAUUUGUGACAGGUGGUUACACUAUGAUGGUUAUCUGACUCAUAUUGCAGUUGAAAAUUAUUUCCCAAUGCAAUUGAGUCAGCCAAGCAUGAAGAAUGCAGUGAUAGCGUUAGUCAGGCGAAUGUCGGAGGAACAAUGCAGUUCACUUCAUGACUUCAUAGUUCACGGUAGACUACCAACAACGCCAGUAAACUUGCAUGGAGAACAGCAUUCGUACACCCUUUCAAGAACCUCGACCAACGUAGCAGUGCCGUUUAUACAACGAGGAACUGUUGAUUUGGAUGAAACGCUCAGUAACGAUAAGGAGGAAGUAAUUUCUAUUAACUCCGAAGAGUUAACUGAACGGGACAUCGAAAAUGAAGAAGAGGAUGACGAGAAUGGACUCUGCGACAUCUAUAAUCUUGCGCAGCCUACGUGUGAAACCGGUGAUGCGGUUGGUUGGGUUUUCUGUAG